AAACACGGUUGUCGUGAGUGUUGGUGGUUUUUGACCGAUAUGCCCCAAGCCGCCUCUCGUUUUCUUUUUCUGUAGUUGCCUCACAAUCGCAUCACACAAGCAAACACACAGAAUCGAAGGGAACCAAAGGAAAACAUACAAUAUGGAUAGGGUCUUCUCUGUCGAUGAAAUCUCUGACCAUUUCUGGUCGCCGCCGAUCCCAAUCACCGGCUCCUCCCCCAUCGAUUCGUCGAAGAUGAAUCGCAGUGCUUCAGAGUGGGCCUUCCAGCGCUUCAUCGAGGAAGCUACAGCUUCCGCAACAUCUCCCCCUUCUUCUUCUUCCGCAGCUGACGACGUCGUUUUCCUGGAAAUGGAAGAUCAACGCAAACCCGCGCCCCUACCAAAGAACGGUGCAGAUUUGCCUAACGGGCCUCCUCCUCCUCCAUCCCUGUCCGUUGAUUCGGACGAAUACCAGGCUUUCCUCAAGAGCAAGCUCAAUCUGGCAUGCGCUGCAGUCGCCAUGACUAGGGGAUCUUUGGUUAGAUCUCAAGAUCCAGCUACUUUUCCUGACAAUGGAUCACAGCUGUCUAAUCCUGCUCAAGUUGGAUCCCAGCCUACCUUUAAAGGAUCUGGUCCUUCUGGAAAUGACCCACCUAAAUUGCUAGAUAAAGAUACAAAAGCACCAAUUGGGAUACCUUCCAUACCUACCAUGCAAAAGAAACCUGCUGUUGCAAUCAGGCCAUCAACAAGUGGAUCAUCAAGAGAACAGUCAGAUGACGAGGAAGCUGAAGGAGAGACAGAUGUGAAUGACAACACGGACCCUGCUGAUGUAAAACGAGUAAGGAGGAUGCUUUCCAAUAGGGAGUCAGCCAGACGCUCAAGAAGAAGAAAGCAGGCUCAUUUAUCUGAACUGGAGACACAGGUUAACCAAUUAAGAGGUGAAAACUCGUCCUUGUUAAAGCGCCUUACUGAUGUAAGCCACAAGUACAAAGAAUCUGCUGUCGACAACAGAGUAUUAAAAGCUGAUGUUGAAACCUUAAGAGCAAAGGUGAAGAUGGCUGAAGAGACCGUCAAAAGAAUUACUGGGUUCAAUCCAAUGCUUCAUGCCAUGUCUGAGAUAUCAUCAAUUGGCAUGCCAUCAUUUGAUGGAAACCAUUCAGACACAUCAGCUGAUGCUGCUGUUCCUGUGCAAGAUGACCAACAUCAUCACUUCUAUCAACCCACAUCUAACAAUCCUAUGCCCACCAGUCAUGAUCUGAGAGUCAACAAUGGGCUGGGGGACAUUUCUACAAUUGAGAAUGUGCAGCAGAACACUGCAGGAGUGGUAGGUGGGAACAAGAUGGCUCAAACAGCUCCCUUGCAGCGGGUGGCUAGCUUGGAACAUCUUCAGAAACGUAUUCGUGGUGGCGUGGAUUCAUGUGGACCUCCUUCUAAUGGAGAGCAGUAAUAAAGUAGCUAAAUAUUGUGGAUGAUUUAAUAGUAAAUGAAUUAUUCUAAAAUACUUCUGUAAGUUAUAAGUAAAGGUCUAUUCUUCUUGACUACAUUUUUAAUCAAUUUGAUGGAAUCCCUGAUGCUGGAUUCAAUCGGUGCACCGCAUAUUUAUUUAUUUUUGGAUAAAAUUAACGUGA